GCCAAGGCGGAACUCUUCUACCGGUGUCUUGGCGAAACAGUGUUGUCAUCCAAUUGCAAAGGCGGUGGUGUUGUGUACAUGCUUCUUACUCGAUUUUUAUCACGCAGUUUUACAUCACUCAUCAUCCAUAGAGGUUCAAGAACAACCAGGGCUUCCUCAGUGUCACUGUUUAGAGGUGGUGUUCCAAAGAGGUGGAUGAGCGAGAAAGCAGCAAUGGAGUAUCCCAAUGUGCGGCGCGAUGACACUGUUGAGGAACUGUACGGCAUCAAGGUUGCAGAUCCAUACAGGUGGCUUGAGGAUCCUGACUCAGAGGAGACAAAAGCAUUUGCAGAAGCUCAGAAUGCUGUGACAAUACCAUAUCUAGAGCGGUGCAGCAUGCGGGAGACCAUUAAGGAAAGGCUCACCAAGCUCUGGGACUAUCCCAAGUACUCCUGCCCUUUUAAGCGUGGUGACCGCUAUUUCUUUUUCAUGAACUCUGGCCUUCAAAAUCAGAGUGUGUUGUACGUGCAAGACUCCUUAGAAGGUGAGCCACGAGUCUUUUUAGAUCCCAACACCCUAUCAGAGGAUGGUACAGUAGCUAUCUCUGGCUCAGCAUUCAGUGAAGAUGGGGAGAUUUAUGCCUAUGGCCUCUCCUCCAGUGGCUCUGACUGGAUCACUGUCCACUUCAAAAAGGUAUCCACAGGAGAAGACUUCCCAGAGAUACUACACAAAGUGAAGUUCUCCAGUCUGGCGUGGACUCAUGACCACAAGGGCAUCUUUUAUGGGAGAUAUAUCGACCAUGCAGGUUCUGCUGAUGGAACUGAGACUGUGAGCAAUGAAAACCAGAAGCUAUUUUACCAUCGUAUUGGAACAGCACAGGAAGAAGAUGUGCUGGUGGUGGAGUUUCCUGAUCAUCCUAAGUGGAGGAUUGCAUGUCGUGUAUCUGAGUGUGGGGGUUACCUGCUGGUGCUCCCACGUGAAGGCUGCCGAGAUAACCUCCUUUAUUUUGCUCCACUUCCCCACUGCUCCCUCGACACCUCCCAACUCCCUCUCCUCCUCACCUGCAUUGUGGACAAGUUUGAGGCGAAUUAUCAGUAUGUGACCAACAACGGCUCGGUGUGUAUCUUCCGCACCAACAAGGGCGCUCCAAACUACCGCCUGGUAAAGAUUGACCUUGCCUCACCUGCCCCUGAGCACUGGGUGACACUGGUCCCAGAGCACGAGAAGGAUGUACUGGACUGGGCUGCAUGUGUGCACCAAGACAAGCUGGUCAUCUGCUACAUAUCUGAUGUGAAGAGUGUCUUACAACUACACAGCCUUGACACUGGGGAGUUGCUGAUGAGAUUACCGCUUGACAUGGGUACCAUCAGUGGCUAUUCAGGCAAGAGGCACCACUCAGAGAUGUUUUACCAGUUUACCUCCUUCCUGUCACCAGGCGUCAUCUACCACCUUGACUUGACCCAGAACCCCCUCAAGCCAAAAGUCUUCCGAGAAAUAAAAAUUGAUGGCUUUGACCCGUCAGAGUUUGAGACACGACAGAUUUUCUAUCCAAGCAAGGAUGGCACACAAAUUCCCAUGUUCCUGGUACACAGAAAAGAUCUGGCCAGUGGAGGAGAUGCACCAACACUGCUCUAUGGUUAUGGUGGCUUUAACAUCAGCAUCCAGCCCUAUUUCAGCAUCUCACGUGUUGUCUUCCUGCAGCUCUUCAAGGGCAUAGUGGCUGUGCCUAAUAUCAGAGGAGGAGGUGAAUAUGGAGAGGGAUGGCACAACUCAGGUCGUCUCCUCAACAAGCAGAAUGUUUUUGAUGACUUCCAUGCAGCAGCGGAAUAUCUGGUGCGUGAGAAGCUGACCAAGCCCUCACAUCUCAUCAUCCAGGGUGCUUCCAAUGGUGGCCUGCUGGUGGGAGCUUCCAUGAACCAGCGACCAGACCUGUUUGGGGCUGCCAUUGCCCAAGUUGGAGUGAUGGACAUGCUACGGUUCCACAAAUUCACCAUUGGGUAUGCCUGGUGUUCUGACUAUGGCAAUCCUGAUGAGAAGGAACAUUUUGAAAAUGUGUACAAGUUUUCACCACUCCACAACAUAAAAGUCCCCCCACCAGGCACACAGUAUCCUGCCACACUACUAUUCACUGCUGACCAUGAUGACCGAGUAGUGCCAUUGCACUCCUUCAAGUUUAUUUCUGAGCUGCAGUACCGUGUGGGUUGCCUCUCAUGUCAGAAAAAUCCCCUUCUUAUCCGUAUCGAGACCAAGGCAGGACAUGGAGGAGGCAAACCCACAACCAAAGUGAUUGAGGAGCACACAGACAUCUUCUGCUUCAUCAUGCUGACACUGGGACUGGACCCAUCACCAUCACCCUCAUAGAUGUCUCAACUGACUUCAGUUUGUCACACUAGGAAUCCUUCUGUGCCUCCUCAAGAAUGUUAUAUUUCUUACUUGCCCAUAAAUCCACCCUCCCCAAUUCCUUACCUGGAUAUACACCAUCCUAUCCCAAAUGGCUGCUGUAUGUUUCUUUCAUGUUUCUAUUAACUACAGUUUCCCAAUCAAGAUGUUUUUAACUAGUUCUUUCACUCUCUAACACCUCUGCCUCCUGGCUUUCGUCUUUGUGUGUAUCUCUUGGCCACCCACUCAACAUCUUUUUCACCAAAGGAAAGCUUGUCCAUAAUGGGUACAGUGACAAAGGUAAAUUGGAUAUUCUUUGUACAAAAUUUUUUUCAUCUUUUUCUUUAUUUUAUGCAAACCAAUUCAGUACAUAUCUAUUUCAGUUGUACUUGAAUUUUUUUUUUUUUUUUUUUGAGAAAAUUGAAAAAAAAAAUUCUUGGUGUUUAUUAUUAUUUUUUCCAAGAUACUAAGAACAUUAAGGGCUUAAUACUUGUGUUUGUCAAUGUUUUAUGUCAUUUGAUCAUAUUGAGUGUAUUGACAUUUUUUGGGGCUCAUAUGACUCUAAAUCCUUCAUUUUAUAUCAUUAGAUAUACUACUGGUUAUUAAUUCAUAUUUUGGUGAUUAUACAGCUUUGUAUCAUAUGUAUGUUUGCCUUUUGAGUUGCAGUGCAUUUGUGCAUAUUUUACAUUACAAAUAGAAAUUCAGACAUCCAGGAGUCUAGAGGCACUGCCAUAUUGAAGAAAGGCAAGGGUGGCAAGCACUGCAGUUCUGUACCUUCAUAAAGUUGCAGGGUGCAAAAUCAGUACAUCUUGAAGAAACAAGAAAUCUCUCCAUCUCUUCAUGGAUACAUCAGUGGAGUUAGUUGUUAAGAUUCUGUGGUUGAUUGGCAUCACAAUAGUGAAGACUAUGACUUGUGGUGCCAAUGCCAAGGCAGUUAAUGAUCUGUGUGAAUUUCUGCUGUAAGAAAUGCUGGUAGUGUGAGCAAGAAACUUUUUUAUGUCACAUUGAUGAAUUACAAUAAAGAAAAUAUGCA